AUGAAUCCAAAUCACAUCGAGCUUCCAGCACAGGGAAAAGGUUCAGAGAAGCAAUUGAUGUUGCUUAUUGCGAGCGAGUUUGCACUACCAGUCAAGGCAAUCUUGGAAAAGGCCCCUGAGGAUGAAACCAGAAUUUGGCCACUGCUCGAUUUGCCCGAAUUACCAACAUGGGUUAAUGGAAAACUAGCUCUACUUGGAGACGCUGCCCACCCUUUUCUACCCCACCGAGGAGAAGGUGCCGCCCAAGCAAUUGAAGAUGCUGUGUCCCUCGGGGUAUUGUUCCCAUACGGUACGACUGUGGACGAAGUUCCCGAGAGACUUGCACUCUAUCAGAAGUGCCGGAAAGAGCGAGCUACGCGGAUUCAGGUAGCCUCUCGCAUAAACAGUCAACCGAUGGAAGUUCAAAGAAAAAUGGGAUUUUCUCCCCACGAAUUCGACAACUACAGCUUCAGCCAUGAUGAAUUUCAUCACUCCAGUCACGCUCUGCAAAAGGCGAAGUCCUUCAAGAAGAUAUCGCAUUGGCGUCAGCCUAUCUCAUUUGGACCAUCGCCGACACCCUACCAUUCUGACAAUGGAAGUAUUACUGGCGGACUUCCUGGUACUCAACCCCAGAAGAUCGUCCGGUCUAUUCGUUUCGCCACGUCCAAGACGUAUCUAGAAGGGCUUCUACCGACUGAGUCUUUCUCAUUUGUUCUGCCUGACACAGUGGUACAGGCCUCGUUUAUCCACACCUCGUUCCAAAAUUUGUUUUGGCUAGGUGGAUCAGGAUAUGACCGUGUCGGACUGUAUAUCCAUGGGACUCAAUACAACUCUCCCAAUGGAGAGGUGGUUCCUGGGACAUUCGUUCCAAUUUUGUUUGAAAACCUGGCCGAUGCGAUUGUCUCUCGGCGCGAUGAGUUCGGCGCUCCUGUCUUGGGCUGCGAUAUUGAGACAGUCGAUGAUGGCAGCUCCAAUACAGUCGAACUGAGAUGGCGUGGUACAGCCUUUGGGAGGCUUUGCUGGGCUCAGUUGCAUCGAAGCGAGAUCAGUGAUGAGAAUGGUUCUGAUGCACUCUAUCGGGAAGCUCCAGCUAAGCAUAACCCUGAUUUGGGAUUGUUAACUUAUCGCUAUGUUCCGGCUGUUGGGAAACCUGGAAUGGCUGAUGCGGAGUAUGCUGUGCUUGAGCCCUAUAAUAAGUCACCGCUGCCUGAAGGAAAUGAAGAUCAUCAAGCUGAAGAUGCUUCAAAUCGAGUGGUUCAAUUGCUUGAUGACCCAAAAAAGCGGCAUGCCUACCAGGGAUCGUUUAGUUUCACUCCCGGUGAUGUGCAAUGCCUCCCAACCAUACAUCACAUUGUCAAGGUUCUGCAAGACAUACCUAUAUAUGAUGUUUUGGAAGCGAAAGUGGAAACUGUUCCUGGAGGAGAUGACUUCAGCCAUGCGUGUCGGAUUGACUAG